GCGCUGCUAGCGGGCGGUGCACCGGCGCCAGACCUCAUCGUGGUCCAAGGGUGAACCUCACCUGCGUUGCGGGUGAGGGCCAACUGGCGUUCGAUCGCGGGAGUGAGUGUGAGAGUGAUGCGUGAUUGAGUAACCUUGUGGCGUGGCCGACUACAACAAUCGGUCCAUGGCGACUGCGCGCUGGGUGCAGCCUUGCCUUUCGACGUGUCAUGCUGAGAUUGAGAUCGCGCACGAGUUACAGCUCUCGUCGCUGUCUACGUUCCCCUCAUUGUAAGGGCCCGAGGUCUCUCGCGCCUUGUGAGCUAACGCCUCUAGCGCUUGAGCUAACGUGUGUGCCCCUUCUAUUUCUCUUCCCUGAUCAUGCUGAUAAACUUUCAGUGUCGCGCCUCCGCCGACGUCAACGUACCCUUGACGUGAUAAGCUGCCUCGGUCUCCUCACCUUCUCGCCCUCGCCGUUCGGCCUAUCGAGCCCGACCUUCGACCGCUCGUGCUCAUCAGUAUCGCGCUCUCGGAGGUUUACGUCACGCGCUCGCUUGCCCCGUCACCGCCGGUCUCGCCGUCGUCGUGCUUGAGUCUCGUCAUCGCAUUCGGCUCUCGUCUUCUCGCACUGUUAUAUCCAUUUCUC